AAAGGUAUAAGAUAUAAAAGAAAUUCCACGUGUUGACUUUCUUGCCGUGGGGUGCAAGAGUUGACCACAUAAUAGCUUAUUACUAAUUAGCUACUUCAUCCAUAAAAUUGAUCCAUUGCAUGUCCUCAUAACUAAAUGUCCAUUCACCUCAAGAAGAAACUUCACACUAUGGAGUAUAAGGAAACUACAUCACUUUCCAGUGAUGGACAGUGUAAUUUCCUCCCAAGUAGAGGAUCAAAAGUGGUAUCAGAACAUCAUGAUAAAACAAAGGGUAUUGUUGACAAUUCAGGGCAUGUUUCUAAACUUGUUCAUCAAUUCUACUUUGUCAAGCUUUGUCCAAAAGAUCCAAAUUCAAUAUCCAAAAUUAAAAAGGAUGAGAAUGUGGUUAAGAAAAUGAAUCAAGACAUUCAUGAAAUCACUGAAAGAAUCACAAAGAAAAUGUCAGAAAAAGAGCAUCAAGAUUCUGUGUUGAAAAGCUUAAACUAUCUACAAAGGGAAUGGAGAAACCGUGUUGCAAGUAAAGAGAAGAUACUAAAGGAUUUGUAUAUGGCUCUUGAUGAAUUGAAUUUCAUGAACAAAACAGCAAAUAGAAGAACGUUUAGGGAAGAGAUUGAUAAAAAUUCUUUGAAUUCUAUGAUGCUACAUGGAAGAAAAAGUUUGGCUGAGGAAAAACAAAUUCUUAGGAAAAUAAACAUUCAAGAGAAAGAUGUUGCUUCAUUCAAAUCACUAGAAAUGCUUAAGAAAACGAUCAGAUGGAGUUAUUACUUGAAAAAUUGGCAAAAGCUCUUGUUAGAAAUUGAACAAUUUCAAAUUCUAUAUUGGGAAAGAGCUUCUUCUAAUGAUUCUGUGAAGGGAAAUAUUUCCAAUUAUGAGUCCUUGAAGAAAAUCAUAAAAGACCAAAUCAAGCUUCUAUGUGAUGACUCUUUGGAAAAUAAAAGACAAUGGAUUGAAUGUGGGACCAGAAUUAGAAAUGCUGAGAAAGAACUAGAAACCAAAAAUGGAGAAUUAUGUUCUUUGAAAGCAAAAUUGACAGAGAAGCAUAAGAAAAAGGGUGAAGCAUAUCAUAGUAUUUUGAUGUUGAAAAAAUUGUAUCAUGAUGAGAUUCUCCACUAUUACCAGUAUUGUUCACUUAUAAAUAAAGUGCAACAGUUGGCUGAAGAAAAAGAUGUAGCAGCCCUUGAUAAGAUGUCAUGUUCAGAGGUUGAGAAGUUUAUGUUAGAAUGGAACAACAAUAAGGCUUUUCGACAAGAUUAUGAGAAAAAGGUUCUGCAAUCAUUAGAGAGACGACAACUAAGUAAAGAUGGACGAAGAAGACCAGAUAAAUCAUGUAGUAUUAUGCUAUUGUAAAUUGGAUCUUGAAAAAAAAAAUCAAGAAUUAGUUUUCAAUACAAUUUUUUUAAGGCUAAAUACC